ACGCCUACCCGUCUCGCCAGCGCAGCAGUGGCGGCUGUCUUGGUUCCAGUCUGCGGGUUCAGUGAGGGCGAGUUCAGGCGAAAAAAAAAGGGCGCGGAACUGGAAAAGGGUGAGUGAGAAGCUGUCUACGCGAUAAAGGGAGGCGGCACCGCUACGCGGGGCUGAGUUACAAAGGCGCGGCCCCUAUUCAGGGAAGCGCCUAUCGUUGCGCUGGUGAGAGCAGGUUGAGGCGGAGCCGGAGCCCCGUCCUUGCACCGGUUCUCGCCUUCGGCACCGCCGCCAUCUCCACCAUGCAGUCUCGGGAAGACGCCCCGCGCUCUCGCCGCCUCGCCAGUCCCCGUGGUGGGCGACGGCCCAAGAGGAUUUAUAAGCCCUCGGUUUCGGCGUUUUUCACGGGCCCGGAGGAGCUGAAGGACACGGCCCAUUCUGCAGCCCUGCUGGCCCAGCUCAAGUCCUUCUACGACGCGCGGCUGCUGUGCGAUGUGACCAUCGAGGUGGUGACGCCCGGCAGUGGGCCGGGCACGGGCCGCCUUUUUUCCUGCAACCGUAACGUGCUGGCCGCCGCGUGCCCCUACUUCAAGAGCAUGUUCACCGGCGGCAUGUACGAGAGCCAGCAGGCAAACGUGACCAUGCACGACGUGGAUGCCGAGUCCUUCGAGGUGUUGGUCGAAUACUGCUACACGGGUCGCGUGUCCCUAAGUGAAGCCAACGUGCAGCGCCUGUAUGCGGCCUCGGACAUGUUACAGCUCGAGUACGUGCGGGAAGCCUGUGCCUCCUUCCUGGCCCGCCGCCUCGACCUGGCCAACUGCACCGCCAUUCUCAAGUUCGCCGAUGCCUUCGACCACCACAAGCUGCGAUCACAGGCCCAGUCCUUUAUAGCCCACAACUUCAAGCAGCUCAGCCGGAUGGGUUCGAUUCGGGAGGAGACUCUGGCAGAUCUGACCUUGGCCCAGCUGUUGGCUGUGCUGCGCCUGGAUAGUCUAGACAUCGAGCGAGAGCAAACGGUGUGUCACGUGGCCGUGCAGUGGUUGGAAGCGGCUCCCAAGGAGCGGGGUCCCAGCGCUGCCGAGGUCUUCAAGUGUGUCCGCUGGACACACUUCACCGAUGAAGAUCAGGAUUACCUGAAAGGGCUGUUGACCAACCCCAUUGUGAAGAAGUACUGCCUGGACCUUAUUGAAGGGGCCCUGCAGAUGCGAUAUGGUGACAUGUUUCACAAGUCUUUGGUGCCAAAGCCGGAGUGCAGCAGCAGCUCUGUUGUAUCCACGGAAAACCCACCCCAAAGGCUGGGUGUGUGUGCCAAGGAGAUGGUGAUCUUCUUUGGACAUCCCAGAGAUCCCUUUCUGUGCUAUGACCCAUACUCAGGGGACAUUUACACAAUGCCGUCACCUUUGACCAGCUUGGCCCACACUAAGACUAUCACCUCCUCAGCUGUCUGUGUCUCUCCAGACCAUGACAUCUAUCUAGCUGCCCAGCCCAGGAAAGACCUCUGGGUGUAUAAACCAGCUCAGAACAGUUGGCAGCAGCUUGCAGAUCGCUUGCUCUGCCGCGAGGGCAUGGAUGUGGCAUACCUUAAUGGCUACAUUUACAUCUUGGGGGGGCGAGACCCUAUUACUGGAGUUAAAUUGAAGGAAGUGGAAUGCUACAGUGUUCAGAGAAACCAGUGGGCACUGGUGGCUCCUGUACCCCAUUCCUUCUAUUCCUUCGAACUAAUAGUGGUUCAGAACUAUCUUUAUGCUGUGAACAGCAAGCGCAUGCUCUGCUAUGAUCCGAGCCACAAUAUGUGGUUGAACUGUGCUUCUCUUAAACGUAGUGACUUUCAGGAAGCCUGUGUCUUCAAUGAUGAGAUCUACUGUAUCUGUGACAUCCCAGUCAUGAAGGUCUAUAACCCAGCCAGGGGAGAAUGGCGGAGGAUUAGUAAUAUUCCCCUGGACUCAGAGACCCACAACUAUCAGAUUGUCAAUCAUGGCCAAAAGUUGCUUCUCAUCACUUCUACCACUCCCCAGUGGAAAAAAAACCGAGUGACUGUGUAUGAAUAUGAUACCAGGGAAGACCUGUGGAUUAACAUAGGCACCAUGUUAGGUCUUUUACAGUUUGACUCUGGCUUUAUUUGCCUCUGUGCUCGUGUGUAUCCUUCUUGCCUUGAACCUGGUCAGAGUUUCAUCACUGAGGAAGAUGAUGCACGGAGUGAGUCUAGUACCGAAUGGGACUUAGACGGUUUCAGUGAGCUGGACUCUGAGUCAGGAAGUUCAAGUUCUUUUUCUGAUGAUGAAGUCUGGGUGCAGGUAGCACCUCAGCGAAAUGCACAGGAUCAGCAGGGUUCUUUGUAAAUAUCUGGAAACACUAAGGUGUUUCUACUGCUAUGGAAUGUAUUUUAAAAAGAUACCCUUUCCUUUUUCUGGAAAAAGAAAAGUUUAUUGGUACCACAUAUUUGGUUUAGAAAGGGUAAUGUUUGAAUUACUAAUGUAAUGUUACAAAAUUUAAACAGUCCACAAAAUCAACCUAUAUAAUGAUUUACUGUGCUAAAAGUCAACAUUAAAGUAUGCAAAAAAUGAAGGGUAUAAUUGAUUAAAAUGCUUGGUGGCUUUUUCAUUGUUCAAGUAUUCAUUGCGUCAGUGGAUUGUUUUGGUUAGUUACACUGUUUAUAUUUUAGUUAUCUAAUUUAGUUUUCAGUUAACUUUUUAAUUCUAUUUAGUGCCAUGAGGAAUUUAACUUUUUAAUUUUUAUAAUAGAAAAUUGGACUAGAAAUUGUCAAUAGGGUUUUGAAGGUUUAUAUUUUCCUUUAGAAUAAUGAAAAUAGAUUUACCAAAUUGUAAAGUAGUCAGUUUUUAGUAUUCUAAAUAUAGUUUGUUAAAUUUGGUUUGUUUUUUUUCCCUUUUGCAAAGGAAAAAAAUUGAACAUACAAAGGUUAUUAAAUAGUGAUUUCAUUUUGAUAUAGUGCAGAAUGGUCUUAAGAGCACACAGAAA